GUUUGUAGUCUUUGCGUGCGUCGUCGCCUUCGAGCAGGAAUCCUUAAAAACUACAAGGCGGGUGUCGGCGAGUGUCCGUCACCGUAAAAAGUCCCGCCAGAGGAGGAGGAAGCUGAGCCGGUGAGAUCCACAUUCCAGGAUUUACUGCUUCAUCUCCCAUUUUUUCCCCCUGUUGCAUCAGCUGCUCCUUGUUGUUUCCAGAAAUGCCGCGCAUAGAGAAUGACAUCAAGCUGGACUUCAAGGAUGUGCUCCUCAGGCCAAAGCGGAGCACGCUCAAGUCUAGGAGUGAGGUGGACCUGAUGAGGAGCUUCACCUUUAGGAACUCUAAGGGCAGCUACAAAGGGAUCCCUAUCAUUGCUGCUAACAUGGACACUGUGGGGACCUUUGAGAUGGCUGUGGCGUUGCACCAGUUUGCUCUUUUCACUACAGUCCACAAACAUUACACCGUGGAUGACUGGUUGGAGUUUGCAGAAAAGCAUCCAGAAUGUCUGGAGAGCGUGGCAGUCAGCACAGGGACCGGUGACGGUGACUUUGAGAAGAUUUCGUCCGUCGUGCAGGCAGUGCCGAAGCUGAAGUAUAUCUGCGUAGACGUGGCAAACGGUUAUUCUGAGCAUUUUGUCCACUUCGUCAGAGACGUCAGGGAAAAGUUCCCCUCGCACACUAUAAUGGCAGGGAACGUGGUAACAGGAGAGAUGGUGGAAGAGCUGAUCCUCGCCGGCGCUGACAUCAUCAAAGUAGGCAUCGGACCAGGCUCUGUGUGCACCACCCGCAAGAAGACAGGGGUUGGCUACCCUCAGCUGAGCGCCGUCAUUGAGUGUGCCGACGCAGCCCACGGCCUGGGUGGCCACAUCAUCUCAGAUGGGGGGUGUACUUGCCCGGGAGAUGUCUCCAAGGCUUUUGGUGCUGGAGCAGACUUUGUGAUGCUCGGUGGUAUGCUGGCUGGCCAUGAAGAGAGCGGGGGCGAGAUUAUUGAGAAAAACGGCAAGAAGUACAAACUGUUUUACGGCAUGAGCUCCGACACGGCGAUGAAGAAACACGCGGGAGGCGUGGCUGAUUACAGAGCAUCGGAGGGGAAGACCGUGGAAGUUGUCUACAAAGGUCCGGUAGGCGAGACGGUUCGAGACGUCCUGGGAGGGGUGCGCUCCACCUGCACGUAUGUCGGUGCAGCCAAGCUGAAGGAGCUGAGCCGCAGGACGACUUUCAUCAGAGUCACCCAGCAGCUCAACACCGUCUUUGGGAACGACAGCUGAACGUCCGGCUUGUCUGACUCCCGCGUGCUAUUUGUCUGUUAAUCAGGUGUAUCCUGCAGUGAGCAGACACACAUUAUUACUUAAACACAUACUUACUUUAAUACACGUUAAGGGCGUGUGAUGUUAAAUUGCAGUGCAGUUCUUGUGUAAGUUUCACUCUAUAGCAGAAAUAUUUUCCAGCACACAGACUGUAUAUUUCACAGAUUGGUGUUUCCAGAUGUUCCAGAUGCAGGCUACCUCUGCAGGUCUGCUCUCAUCGUUCCAGAAAUUCCUAAACCGUCAAAUCGGCAUCUCUAAACUCUGUGCCGAGAUCAUCCUGAAAGCCUUUGCCAUAGAAAAUUAUAACAAAUGUCUUAAAUUAUUUAUAAAUCCUAAAUGUUUAUGCAACUGCUGUAGCUAAAUGAGAAAAUUGACCUGUUUUUAGAAAACCUCUCAUUCUUUUGCUUAUGUUUUGCACUUUAAUGAGUUAAAAUUUGGGAGUCUAUAAAUUGUCUGUUAGUGCAAUGAAUGCGAGUACAAUCUCGGAGCACAGACAGCAUUUAGUAAUGUAGUGCUGAAUUUAAUGGCACAGGUGUUACCACAUAUAUUUACACUUGCGGCUUUUGCUUUACCUGGUUCUAGCUGCUCCUGAUCAGUACCAAAGUUAGUGUUUCCUUUAAUGAGCUACACAUUCGAGUGGAUUUAUCGUAAUGAUUAUAGCCUUUAAAUCAAGUGUUGAUUCCUUCAAGUUCAGAAGUCAUUUACUGUAAGGAUUUUAUAGGAUUCCAUUUCACAGUUAAUUUCACCAUUUCAAGCUGUUCUUAUGUGACCUGUGUUGUUUUUCUUUGUUGUCACAUUUGUGUGAUUUCAAAAAAGGUUGUUUUAGAUUGCAGAAACAUGUUACAUUUCAUCCAGUCAAUAAAAACAUUCCACAUCUUCAAACU